CUUAAUAUCUUGAGAACAAAAUUUGUAAAAAUAACAUAACUUUUUUAAGUAGUACUAUAAUCUAAUUGCUUAUUAAAACAUUAUAAUUUUCUAUUUCCAAGAACUUUUUAUAAAGAAUACAAUAAAAAUCCAAACCUAAUUCUUAUAAACUUUGCAUCUUUACAUUAUAUACACAAAAUGCAAACGAAUAAUUAAAUUUUCGCGGGAAAAUCUCGGCGAUUUAAGCCUCCCUCGAUCGUACCCGAAGAACCUCAAACACAACACCCCAAAUCGAAAUCCCCCCACCGUCUCCCCCCCCCCCCAACCGGACGCCACCGAUCGCUUCAUUCAACUUUCCCGGUUUCCCCUUCUCGCGCUCCCCCACCGCUCGCCCAAACCACGCCCCCCACACCUCGCUCGAACCUCUCCCUACUGGUCGCCCGGCCCGACCAAUCGAAUCCCUCGACACUCUCCGUCGAGAGGGUCUCUUUUUAUAGGGCAAAGACAUCUAGAAGUCCGUCUAUCGCACGAAGCGCGUCCUAACCUCACAAAAAAUAAAAACCCAACAACAAGCGACGGUUCGCGAGUGCUCCUUUUCCAGUGAUCGGUGUUUGUGCAUCGGUGAAAAUCGUCGAGGAUUUCCAAUUUCCACGAUCGGUUUUGCUAGUCGAAAUCGAUAGUUCUGCUGGUUACAGAAUUUGUAUCAAAAAGAUCGAGACCCGAGCGAAGAAUUUUCUGUGGGGGUGUGCUAUAAGGGUGCAGCGUCCAGUGUUUGGUUAAACCACCAUCAGAUCUCAGCACUACGACAAUCUUCAGCAAGCAGACAGCCAAAAGCAACCGCUAAAAGACACCACCAACACCCCGAACAAAUUGAAGCUCGAAGACAACAACAAUCAAGAACCCGAAUCGACCCAACAAGACAACGAACCGACGAACAACGGCAACAACAACAACAACAACGACAACAACCAGCACCAGCAGCAGGCCAGCAGAUCGCUCCAGUGCCUGGAAACGCUCGCCCAAAAAGCAGGAAUCCACGAUAUCACGCCCGACGAUUGCAAAUACGAUGUGGCCAAUACGCUCUUAAAUUUGGACAGAGGACACGAGUUUAUCAAGCAGAACGUCGACAGUACAGGUCACCUCACGAUAACCAUGAGCGACAUCAACAAGCAACAAAUGGACGCUAACGCUCAAGCGCAAGCCCAAGCCCAAGCUCAAGCACAGGCUCAAGUGCAGGCACAAGCGCAAGCCCAAGCCCAAGCGCAGGCCGUCCAACAGCAACAGAUGCAACAGGUAGCUUUGCAGCAACAGGAGCAACAGCAACAGCAGCAACAACAACAACAACAACAGCAGCAAGCUUUAGUUCCGGCCCAAAGCCCUCAUCUCCAACAAGUCACCGUCGGAUCUUCGGGAGGUCAAUGUACAGUUACAUCGAUGGGCCCGCCGCAGCACACGGUCUCGAUGCACCAGCAAGUCGCCCAACAGAACCAAGUCCUUCAAACGCAAGGCGCCCAAGUGCUGGCGGCCGCCCAGCAAAGCGGCAGCACCACCAUCACCACGAUGUCGCCUUUGCAACAAAGCCAGGCGGCGCACCAGCAACAGAUCAGCGCCGAUUGGAGCCACGGCAGGGCCGUCCAGGUCAUCCAGCAACCCAUCCAGAACCCCACCUACCUUCAGCAGCUCUACAACGGCCAGGGACAGCUGUUGAUGCCCGGCAACAUCGGCAACAUCGCCCUGCAUCCGAGCAUCAAUCCGCAGAUCCAGGUGAUAGCGAAGCCCUUCCAGGGCAACCAGCUGGCGCCUCAUAUGAUAGCGCAGGGCAAGCAGGUGAUCCAGGGCGGGCAGCAGGCGACGUUUCCCGGUUACACGACGCUGCCGACGAUUCCCACUACGCAGAACCAGCAGACGUUGGUGUUUAGUCAGUUGGGCGUCAUCAGUUCGCAGCCCAACAUAUUGCCCAAUCAUUCGCAGGGGAACGGGCAGGUGGCGCAGCAGAAACAGCAGGAUAUGCACAAGGUAAUGGGAGCUCAAAAAGUGCAAAUGCAAAAAGUGGCUAGUAGUACUGGCGCAGUUGCUCAAACACAACAGCCGGGACAAUGCGUUCAAGUUUCUCAGGCCAUGAUCGGCUCACAGCCGACGGCUCAAAUUAUCAGUCCGAUCCAACCUGGUGGUCAGCCCAUGCAGUUCGCCCCAUGGCAAUUCGCAGCGAACGGUCUCCAACAGGUCUGGACCACCACCAAUGGUCUUCAAUCGCAAGCCCUGCAACUCGCCCCCAAUCAGAUUUUCAUCAGGGGUACUCAAGCUGACGGUACGCCCGGCAUGUUCAUCCAACAGAAUCCCCAAACUGCUACUAUCCAAACCCAGCAAAACCAAACUAUUGCUACACCUGGAACCGUCCAACAGAUGGCCAAACCUCGACCUGCUAAUGAAAAUAUCCAGCCGAAGCAGCAAGCGAAUAGGCCUUUGAAUAUUCUUCCUUCGAAUACCGGUAACUUGAGACCAGCCAGUUCGGCUGUUUCGACUCAAACGAUCGGCGCUCAAACACCUGCUUCGAUGGGUGGUAAACCUGUAGCGAAAAUUCGCACGAAAGCCCCACAAAUCCGAACAUCACCGGCUCCCAAAGCCGACGCCGCAAAUCAAACCCAAAUCAAACCCUACCCAAACAUAUCUCAACAGCAACACAUGAACAAAAUGCUCGUGCUGAAUCCCAACGGUAUAGCCACCUCCGUGACGCCGGGCUCCCCCAUGACCGCCGAGAAGGCCCAACAGCUGGCCAAUCAGAACAAGGCGCAGCAAAACGCCCAACAGAACGCCCAGCAGGCCCAGCAGGCGGCCGUCAUGCAGCAGCAGAUCCAACAACAGCAGGCCGCCAUACAGCAGUACCAGCUGCAGCAGCAGCAGAACCAGGCGCAAUCGCAGCAGGGCCAGCAGGCGCAGCACAUACAGCCCAAACCCAUGAUGAUUCAAACGAUACCGACCAUUCCCGGACAACAAAUGGCGAUGGCAGGAGAUAGACCGAUCAUGCCGGUGGUGUCGAUGUCUGCGCAGGCGAACGCCCAGCAGGUGCAGCAACUCCAACAGCAGAAUCUCGGCGCUUUGCAGCAGGGGAUGCAAUUGCAAUCGAAUCUCGCCGUCACUCAGCAACCCAUGCAGAUGAACAUGCAGCAAUUGCAGCAAUUGCAGCAAAUGGCCCCGCCGGGUACCAUAAUAGGACAAAUUCAAACGACCGGAACCCAACCGUCGGCCAUUUCUCAAGUGACCGGCGCCGCCCACAUACAACACAUCCAAGCGAGCGGGCCCCAUCACAUAGCCAUCGCGCAGGCGCAGGCCCAGCAAGUACCGUUACCGCCCUCCGUACCGGCCGUUCCGAAGGAUUUGAACGAGUCGAGCGGUACCGAUGCGACGGUACCCAACGGUGGUAUGAGUCUCGACGGCAAUAAGGACGGUUCCACCGCCACCUCGACGCAAUCGGAGCCGAAGGAAGGCCCGCCGACGGGCGAAGCCAAACCCAUCCAGAACGGCGUGGAGGCGUCGAUGGGGGGCCAGCCGGCGCCGAUGCCGGGCACCGUCCCGUCCGCCCAGCCGAGCACCAACGCGUCGGACGGCAUCCUGCCGGUCGCCGUGACCGCCGAAGAGGUGAAGGAGCGCUGUCCGCCCAAGGCGAUGGUCAAGCCGCAGGUGUUGACCCACGUCAUCGAGGAUUUCGUCAUACAGGAGUCGUCGGAGCCGUUUCCGGUGCACCGGACCGGUCUGGACGAUUUGAAACCGACGCAAUCGUCGAUCGAUAAGGACCAGGACGAGCCGCCCAGAAAGAAACGCGCCUCGUCGCCGGUGAGCACGAGCCUCAAAAGCGACAUGGCCAAAUGCGAAGCCUGCGGAAUGGUCGAUCUCAAGGCGAAGUUCAAGAAGAACAAGCGAUUCUGUUCGGUGCAGUGCUCGAAAAGCGGAAAGCACAAAGACGACAAGAAAAAAUGGGAUAAAGAUGGCAUGGAGGUCGAUUCGGAGUCUGGAGCUUCGGGUGCUGAAAACAGCCUCGGUCCCAACGUUGCCGAUGAUGAUGCCGCUAAAAUGGAUCCAAUUAAAUGGAGUGUGCAAGAAGUGUUCGAUUUUAUCAAAAAACUGCCGGGUUGCUCGGAGUACGCGGAGGACUUUUUGCGCGAGGAGAUCGACGGGCAGGCGUUGAUGUUGUUGAAAGAGGAUCAUUUGAUGACGGCGAUGGCGAUGAAAUUGGGACCGGCGUUGAAGUUGGUGGCGAAAAUCGACGAGAUUCGAAUCGACAAGGAGCCGCCCAAGCAAACGUAGAGUUUAGAGUACGAUUUUUUAGUUUAAUUUUUUUUUUUUUUUCUCGUCGAACAAGUUGUCGUUUUUCGCGGUCGAAGAUGGAGCGUUUUCUUUGGUAGAUUUGGUUUCGCGUUUUUUGAGGAAAACUAUAAAUAUUGUAAAUAUUUUUUUUCUGUGGUAAAGAAAUUGAAAGGUUAAAACAUUGUUUCAUCCGCGAAAAACGUUUAUUUUUGUAAGUAGGUUUAUUUUAUUUAUUCGAUUUAAAGACUGCUGCUAAGAAUCUAAAAAUAUUUGAUAAGUACCGGUGGUAAUUGUUUUAAACAAAAAAUCGUAAGGUUGACAGGAAUGUUUCAGUUACUGAAGGGCAAUCAUUUACUUUUGAAUGCUAAUUUUGGGUAAAAAAUUCUCACUUAAUUAUCUCUAUAAUUAAACAAUCGGAAUUUUAUACGAAAUGUUGUGUUAAGUAAAUAAUUCCUCGUUGCAUUCGCUGAUAUGAUAUGUAACUUAGUACAUAAUCUAGAAUUCGAUUAUAUUUGUGUGAUCUCACUAUACUGUUUCUUAUUCUUGCAUAUUGGCCACUUUUUUAUACACUUAAAUUCAUAGUCAAAAUCGACAAUGGACAGCCAAUGAAUUAUGUUAAUACAAUGUAAAUAUUUGUAAAUGAUGUAUGUUAAAGCGGUUACUUAUUAUUUUUUUGUUUAGUUUGUACAGAGAGAAACGUAAGUUUUAUAUUAGCGAAUAUAUUUGAUUUGAUCAAAGUAUUUCAACAAAGUGAAAAAAUGGCGAAAAGAAGUACAUCGGACGCUUUUAUACAAAAUUGGAACGUAUUUAUUUGUGCAAUGUUCUAUUUUCCAAAAUGUAUAAGUUUAUAAUGUAGGUUAAGUUAAUAUUUGUUACUAUACUGCCACUAAUGAUAAUAAAUUUGUAAUUUGUACCAUUCAAACGUAUUUAUUUAAUUCCUCCUUUUAAACAGUUUCUUGAUUGUUAAAUUUAAAAAUUUCUUAGUCUUCUGAGCGUUAAUAGAAAACAUUUCUAGGAAUUGCUAAGUAAAUUUCAAUUAAAAUUUUAUUAGAAAUACAGAAAAUUAUACAAAACAAAAAAUAAUCUUUACCAGCUAAUUGUUUGCCGUUUACUCGUAGUAUCUUCCCUUUCCAUUUCGUAUUCAAUCUCGACCCUGGGUUUGCCUCCUUUUUUGGCCGAUCCGAAUUUGUCAUCUUUCUUUGAUUUCUUCGAAGAACUAGGCGCUAUCUCUUCUAUGUCGGAUUCGUCUGAUGUUUCGAAACUGCUAUCCAAGUCAACUUCCUCUAGAUUUCCACUAUCACUUUCAUCGUCCGAUUCGCCCACAACAAACUCAGGUCCAUCGGUUUCCAUCUCCAGUUCCCGUUCGACUUCCUCCUCGGAUUCCAGUUCUUUCUCUUGCUCGGCGUCGUCGAAGGUCUGAGGAGAAAUGUUGUACAAAUCUUUGUAGACGCCUUGUUUGAGUCUGUCUAGCAGGGUCUUCUCGACGCCCUUUUCUAUUCUCGCCGCUACGAGUGCCUUUUCUUCCCUUCUUCGCUCCCUUCUCUCUAUCUUGUUCUGUAUGGGGACGAUGAGUUUCUGCCGCCUCAGCUUCAAUUUCCUCAUUCGUAUUAGAUAUUGGGUGAUUUUCACGAACCUCUGCUUGCAUUUCGAUUUUAUGAAGCCGGACCAAUAGAGCAGGUUUUCGUUGAUUUGGUGUAUGGCUUUCUCGAAGUUCCUGGACAGUUUUAUCUUCUCCCACGUUUUCCUGGGGAACGCAGACCGUUCUGCGGUUUUCAUGAACAAGUAUAUUAUCCCAUUUUCCUCACGUACUGUCGCGUAUUGACUGUUCGCCAACGGGCAGGAGGAUCUGUUGCAGAGACCAGUUAAGUUGUAUUCGUUUCUACAGAACUUUUGGCCUUUUACUUGAGACUUGUAAGAGCAGAACGACUUGUUGAUUAUGCUCCAAGUUACGUCGUCGUCUUGCAUUUUGAAUUAAAUUCAACUAAAAUAAAAUGAACAUUCAACAAGCACUGCUUUUCACGUUGUUUUUUGAACCUAACCUUAAAUAAUUAAUGAU